AUGGUCUCCUUAUCGAUAGAGACCAUCGAUAAGAUCCCGAACGCAUUGCCCAAUCGAAACAACGUCGACAUCGAGAUCUAUGGCAUGGAAGGCAUUCCCGACGCAGACAUCAAAGAACACGAGAGAUCCAAAGGUCUGGAGUAUAAGCCGCAGACGGAGUCGAAGCCCACGUCAUCCGUGUCGACACCCGUGGCGCCAAUGAUCCCGAUUCCGGGUGCCGUAAGCGCUCCCAUCCCUGGAAUGAUGUCUAUGCCGUCAAUGCCUUUCGGUUUACCACAAAAUCCUCAACAAUUCGCGACCUUUGCGGCCAAUAUGGCUGCCGCUCAGCACUCAAGUCAUCCGUCUUUAGGACCGUUUGGCGCAGCGGUUCCGCCGCCGCCAUCCUUACUCCCGACGCACACUCUCAUGAAUCGGGUCUUACCUCCGGGUAUGCCUAACAAACCGCUGUUCCCUUCAGUGAGUUCGACGUCGUCGGCCAAUCAGAGCUCAGUUGUCGGCACAGACUUCAGACCAUUAGGUUAUAACACGAAUUCGGGACCAAAUAAUGCUUUUAUGACAUCCCAUGCAAACCCAAACAAUGCGACAGUCAGUGCGUCGGCCAUCAUCUCGAGGCCGGCCUCCUCUGCAAUGAUCGGCACAACGAGUGGAACCACUCGUAUAGUACAUCCCGAAGAAGAUAUCUCUCUGGAAGAGCUGAGAGCGCGGCAAAUGAAGUACAAGUUAGUGGUUCCGCAACCAAUGUCUCAAUCGAUGAAUGGGAUGAAUCUAAGUGCCGCCGUCUAUACGACACCCCCACCAAUGCCCCCCAACAUGUCGUUACCCCCUCCGCCUCCCGGAAUGUUAGCGCCGAACCCUCUCUCCACUCAUCCCUCAUUCCAAUCGACUUUUCGUCCGGCGUUUUGA